AUGCGACGCCCGUGUCGGCUGGCGUUGGUACACUGGGAUGCGGGAGCCGGCAUUCCUUCGAACACGCACACUUGUGGGCGAACGAUGCGCAUGCUGGAGGUUAAACGUGCUGUAAAAUACCAAUUCAUUCCCGAUUACUCGAUCCAAUGCAUUAAUAAAGUAGCACAUCUUGAAAAUAUUCUUACGGAAGAAGGGAUCAAAGAUACAGACCUCCAUAUUCGAGUUCCUGACAAACCUGCUUUAAACUCCAGUGCCUCCUUUCUACCGCUGGAAUUAUUCGACGAUUUGGAGUACGAUUGUUUUUGCGCGGAAGCAACCGAGUUGUGGCAGAAAUCGGAGGCCUUCGCCUUCAUUCCGACUUCGCUUCAUUGGGAACGAGUCAGUGUAGAAAAGCACCAUCCCGCCACUAAUCGUUGGGAAGUGACGAUGCUGAACGGCACCAACGCUGGCUCGAAUCAUAUGGUUCCUCGCCUUCUUCUAUAUUUUGCAUUUGAGAACCCCUGCAAAUACGCUGAUCGCCUCAAGACCGCCAUCGUCGAACGACGGGAGGCUGUAAACGCCAUCCGAUUUCGAUUCCUUUGCUCGUACGUAUUCAAUGAUGGUCACUACGCUCCUGGGAAAAUGCUCGAGCAGAGUAUUCGCCGUCGUUCGAACAGUGAUGAGGUGUAUGAGGUGUUCAAGAGAAUAUUUGAACAAUACCAUAUUGCACUGGCAGUCGGGACACAUUUGAACGAAGAUACAACUUUUGUAAUUAAAAAGCCCCAACUGAACAGAAGGUCUACAUACAGGACGCUUUUCGCCAAAAAAGAAGCCGUAAACUUUGAUGAGCUACUAGAUCUCUUUCGUCGCAAAACGUUGUUGGUCGACAAGAACGUAUUUCACGCCUUAGCUCUAGUGAACCUCGAGUGUGAGAUGGUACGAAAACUUCCGCUGUUCAUCGCUACAUCCGAGCAGGCAAUGGCGCUCGAUGACUUUGAAAAGCAGAACCUUGCGCAGAUAGCAAAGACCAUGAAGUACCUCCAGAACACCUGGAUCGAACGAACUACAAUGCAUCUGCACCGGACACUGUCGCGGAUCGGACCAGGUAAUUUCAAUAUCGGAGUGACGCAGUGGACAAUUUACUCCAAAUUGAAAUUGAAACGACUCGUGAACCAGAUACAGUAUCGGAUGCAAGAUGCUCUCCGGAGUCUUCUGCUUGGCGCAACCCGUGAGUACGUAGACUUUUUGGUGAACGAUUGCAACGCUGUUUGGGAUAUCGAGGAAGACUACUCUUGGGAUGGCAACCUCAUCGACAGUCCCUUUGUACCGUCAAGACCGGCAGUGUUUAGUCUUACCCUAGAGAUGGGACCUGAAGCACCGUACUAUUCAACUGAGCCAGGAAGGUUUCCGGAACUCUUGGAGUACAUCAUGGACGAUACGGUGAAGCAAAGUCAUUUCAUCCACACGGUCGAGCCAUCGCUGAUCCAAUCACUCAUCUUCUCCGGAGAUCUAUACCUGUCUUCGGUCGGGCUGAUAGACCAAGCUAUGGUCGAACGUCGCAGUAAGCUGUUGGAUUACUACAAAAAGGCACUCCUGCCCCUUCGCUCGUAUGCCGCACGAUACGGAGCCUACAAGGAGCUCUUCUUCACCGAUAUCAAAGAGUUUAUUGAACGCGCGAAGUCGGCUGACAAACCUUCAUCGGAAAUCAAAGAGGACAUUGCGCUUCAGAUCCGGUUGCGGGAGAAUCUAGAGCACACGGUACCUCUCGAGAUCAAAAUCGGACCGUUCCUUAUCGACGUGCAGCCACUUCGGAAGGUGUUGAUUCGAAAACGACAGGAGUUGACCGUGGCACUGUUAAAAAUGCUCACGGAAAAGCUCCAACUCAAGACGGCCGCCAUGAUAGCGGACUAUAACGCCAUCAGCGAGCGCAUAUGCGAAAAGCCGGUCUCGAUCGAGCAUAUAUACGAUAUCCGCCAGUACAUGGAGACGGUGCCGGACAUGGUGGCCCGCAUGGAAGACCGCAUGAAAGGGAUACUGUACGAGUACGAGAUAUUGGACGGCUUUCUGUGGAAUCUACCGGAUACCGACUUUCAGCAAAAGUGGAACGCCCUUUCCUUCCCCCGCACGGUCGUAAAGCAGAUGGAUAAGGUGCGGGAGUUCCACGAGUCCGAGGUGGAGAAGUUCCGCAAGCAACAGUUUGCCGACGAAGCGUCGUUCACGGCCAGUAUCGAGGACGUUAAUGUCUACAUCUCCAAGUUCACCAUGCUGUACGACGUGUCGAAGGUGGCAGAGAUGGCGGUCGAGGUGCGGCGUCUUUGGAAGACCCUGCAGGCACUCAUCGACCAAGGGCAUACGAUGAAUCGCCGCCAGGAGUUGUUCGAGAUGGCACCGAUUAGCUUGAAUAAUCUAUUCGAGCUCCGGAAUAACUUCGCCACCUACCGGGAUCUGUGGACGGUCGCCGCCGACUAUCUGAAGCUGGAGGAGUCCUGGAUUGGCAACCCGCUCGCAAGCGUCGAUCUGGAAGGUGUCCGACGGGGCCUCCAACAGGCGCACGAUAGCCUCAAAGACUUACUACCCCUGUUCGUCGAUCAGCCGCAACUCUUGGCGGUCGUUGAGCACUUUCUGCAGGUGGUGGAGACGUUCCGUCCGAACGUGGACAUCAUGGAGCUUCUCAGGUGUCCACACCUGGAAGCGAUCCACUGGAGUCAGCUAGCGAAGGAGGUCGGUAUCAAGGGCAAGCUCUCGAUUGACGUUAGUUUCGAUGUGUUCCUGGAGCAUGGAAUUCGCGGCCACGUUGGUACUGUUCGACAAAUAGUGUCCAAAGCUGAAGAACAACGACUGGAACAUGAACGGCGUCGAGAAGAAGAAGAACGAAUUAGAAAGGAGCAGGAAGAAUAUAAAAGAGUUAGAGCUGAACAUCGUCUGAAGCGGACUGAUAUUUAA